AUGGACCUGACCAACUCUACUGAUUACCUGCUCAAUGACUCUACUUCAAUAAGAAACAGAAUUCACAUUCCAACUUCUGCCUCAAAAGAUGUUGUAGUUCUUUUGUUUAUGUCAUUUUUAAUUGGCACUACUACCAAUGGUCUCUAUCUAUGGGUGCUAAAAUUCAAAAUGAAAAAGACUAUCAAUACUCUCUUAUAUUUUCAUCUCAUUCUCUCCUAUUUUAUUUCAAUAUUAUUUUUGCCAUUUUUGGCCAUCUCUCACCUUCAAGACAAUCACUGGAGCUUUGGAAGGGCCACGUGCAAGAUCUUCAACAGCAUUUUGUAUGCAGCAAUGUUCGCCUCUGUCUUCUUCCUCUCGGCCAUCAGUGCUGAUCGUUACCUUCUCACUUUUCACCCGGUGUGGUCACAACUGCAUCGAACCCCACGCUGGGCUUCCAGCAUCAUCUUGGGAGUCUGGGUCUUUGCUGCUGCCCUCGGCAUGCCCUAUGUGGUUUUCAGGGAGACACAUGAUGACCAUAAAGGAACGGUGACCUGCCAAAACAACUAUGCUGUGUCUACUAACUGGGAGAGCAAAAAGAUGCAGACAUUAAGGAAAUGGAUUCACGUAGCCUGUUUCAGCAGGCGCUUCUCGCUGGGCUUCCUUCUGCCUUUCCUCAUCAUCACCUUUUGUUAUGAAAGAGUAGCCAAAAAGACGAAGAGGGGACUGUUGAAAUCCAGCAAGCCCUUCAAAGUCAUGGUGACAGCCACUGUCUCCUUCUUUGUGCGCUGGAUGCCCUAUCACGUAUACCAAGGCCUACUGCUCACUGAAAACAGAUCUCUGCUUUUCCAGUUGACUGUCUUACUCACAGUGAUAACUACUACCUUCAAUACUGUGUUUUCUCCCACACUCUACCUCUUUACUGGGGAGAACUUCAGAAAAGUUUUCAAGAAGUCUGUCCUUGUUCUUUUUGAGUCAACAUUCAGUGAGCAUUCCUCGGCAGAAAGGACAGAAAACCUAAAUUCAGAAACUGACAUGUAA